CGUAGACCUGGAGCUUCGCCCGAGCUUCCAAGAACAGCUCCCAACACCACCUUUCUCCCUUUCUUACCUAGUUACUUCCUCAUUCUCACCCCCUUGGAUACCCCCUCAGUGCAUCAAUAUUUACUGUAUCUUACGACAUACUGCAGAAAUAGUCCAAGAUGUUCAUCGCGCGAUCGGAAUAUGACCGUGGUAUCAACACCUUCUCCCCCGAAGGACGCUUGUUCCAGGUCGAAUACUCUCUUGAAGCCAUCAAACUAGGUUCGACAGCGAUCGGCGUAGCAACCAACGAAGGUGUCAUCCUGGGCGUCGAGAAGCGUGUCACAUCCACCCUUCUUGAAGCCUCUUCCGUCGAAAAAAUUGUCGAGAUCGAUCAGCACAUCGGUUGCGCUAUGUCCGGCCUGCAGGCAGAUGCCCGGAACCUCGUCGAGCAUGCUCGCGUCGAAUGCCAAAACCAUGCCUUCCACUAUGCCGAGCCGCUGCGAGUUGAGAGCUGCACCCAGGCUAUUUGUGAUUUAGCCUUGAGAUUCGGAGAGACCGGAGAUGAUGAAGAAAGUGUCAUGAGCAGGCCCUUCGGCGUCGCUCUGUUGAUUGCGGGUUACGAUGAGGACGGCCCUCAACUAUACCAUGCCGAGCCGUCUGGUACAUUCUACCGAUACGACGCGAAGGCUAUUGGGUCCGGAAGCGAGGGUGCCCAAGCAGAACUGCAGAACGAAUAUCAUCGCUCCCUCACUCUAAAAGAAGCGGAGACACUGGUGCUCAAGACACUGAAGCAGGUCAUGGAAGAGAAAUUGGACGCAAAAAACGUUCAGCUUGCCAGUGUGACUAAGGAGAAGGGCUUCUGUAUCUACAACGAUGAGGAGAUGGGACGGGCUGUUGCAACAUUGGGUGGGAAUCAAUGAGCGAGGAAAUAAUGCACAAUGAUUGUGACGAGCCUAUACGUUAUAUUGAGAAUACUUGUCAUACGUGGGCUGGUAUUAGUUCUGAAAGUCGAAUAGAAAAAGAUUUGUCUAAUGAUUUGUAAUUUUUGUUCCGAACGGAUCGGAUCUCAC